GGGGAAUACACAUCUGGAAAGGGAUAAUAAGAUGCGCAUGAACUACAAGGAAGAAAACAACUUUUAAAAGAAAAAAACAGAAAAAUUGCUGGAGAUUUCCGGCGGCGGAGGUGGGGCGUUGUGUUGAAAGGAGUCUGAACUAACACUGUUCAGGGAGUGUGCGGUUUUGAAGAAGCUGGCUUCACACACAAUUCAGCUGAGAAACUCAAACGACAAAGUCAUUAACGCGCUUGUGGAGUUUGGAAAAAACUCAUCAAAAGUGGCGUUUUUUGUUUGUUGCCUGAAAGUUUUUAAUGCGAAGGAGCUUGGAGGCAAACUGAAAAAAUCCAGGAGGAGCGAAAAUGAGACAAAAAUCAACGGGCUGCGGCUGACUGCACACACCAGAAAACCAACUUUCCACCGGCAGUAACUUUCUGCGGGAACGCCUGCGAAAAGACGGACGAUAAAUGUAAUAUUCACCAAGGCCUUGGAUUUAAACAGCUGAACACAACAUAGGACACGUGCCUUUUACCAAAAAAACCAAAAAAACAACGCAGCUGCUGAUCGCUUGCAUCCGUUUAUCUGCGUUUGAAUCGAAUAGUGAUAGCAGAACCGUGUGCAGGGUAUCACAGUCGGAACGCGGUCGCUGAAUAUAGUUCAAUAUACCGGUACACACAUUCCUCAUUCAAUCAUCUUUAUUGACUACUUCAAACAGAACACUUUUUUUAUCAGCAGUGUAUUCAUCUCAAAAAAGAAAUCAAAUGUCCUCCUGUAGCAGCGGCUCUCCUCCACCCCUGCAGAAAUCUUACCCCCAUCCUCAAAACCCAGCAGCUCCACCGACUCCUUCGCCAUCCCCAAGCCCACCGACAGCUCUCUGCAGCCGGUUAUCAAACGGGAGGCUGAGCGCUCCGAGCCCUACGAACUCUCGAAGUUCUAUCCAUGGGGUGUCUUUCUUAUUGCAGAUUGGACUGACCAGGGAAACUGUGACCAUCGAGUCUCAGGAACCCUCACUGCCCGCUGUGAAAGACCUGGUCUGCUCUAUCGUGGACCAAAAGUUCCCAGAGUGUGGUUUCUUUGGCAUGUACGACAAAAUCUUACUCUUUCGCCAUGACCUGAACUCUGAAAACAUCCUGCAGAGGCUGCUGUCAGCGGAAGAGAUCCAUGAAGGAGACCUGAUCGAGGUGGUCCUCUCUGCCCUGGCCACAGUGGAAGAUUUCCAGAUCCGACCCCACACUCUUUAUGUGCACUCUUACAAAGCGCCCACCUUCUGUGACUACUGCGGGGAGAUGCUGUGGGGUCUUGUGCGCCAGGGCCUGAAGUGUGGAGGGUGUGGGCUGAACUACCACAAGCGCUGUGCCUUUAAAAUACCGAACAACUGCAGCGGAGUGAAGAAGAGGCGCUUGUCGAAUGUCUCUCUGCCAGGACCUGGGCUGCCUGUCCCGAGACCUGCUCCCAUUGAACACACAGCAGUGUGCAUUGAGGAGCAACGUUCUCACCAAGAGGCUGGCAAGCGCAUCCCUUCCUGGAGUGGCCGUCCCAUUUGGAUGGAGAAGAUGGUGCUGGGGCGGGUGAAGGUUCCUCACACCUUCGCUGUGCACUCCUACACACGGCCCACAAUCUGCCAGUACUGCAAGCGCCUGCUCAAGGGCCUCUUCCGCCAGGGCAUGCAGUGCAAAGAUUGUAAAUUUAAUUGUCACAAGCGCUGUGCAUCCAAAGUCCCCCGAGACUGUCUUGGUGAAGUUUUCUUUAAUGGAGAGCCUGCCAGCCCAGGACCAGACUCUGAGCUGCCCAUGGAGGUGGACAGCGGGGAUAUGAACAGUGACUGCAGCAGAGGGCUGGACGACCCGGAGGAGCACUCCACCCCCGAAGACAAGAUCUUCUUCAUGGAUUCUCCUGAUCUGGACGGGGAGAAAGAUGAAGAGCAAGUGAAGACGAUAAGUCCUUCUACAAGCAGCAACAUCCCUCUGAUGAGAGUGGUACAGUCCAUGAAGCACACAAAAAGGAAGAGCAGCACCAUGGUCAGGGAGGGGUGGAUGGUGCACUACACAAGCAGGGACAACUUGAGAAAGAGACAUUUCUGGAGGCUGGACAGUAAAUGCCUAACCCUGUUCCAGAAUGACACUGGAGCCAAAUACUACAAGGAAAUUCCCCUCUCAGAAAUCCUCCAGGUGGACUCAGCUCGGGACUUUACCAAUCUGGCACAGAGCAGCAACCCUCACUGCUUCGAGAUCAUUACUGACACCAUGGUGUACUACGUGGGAGAAAGCAGUGGAGGGAGCUACCAGAACCCUGUGCUGGCUGCCUCAGGAGUGGGCUUUGAGGUGGCCCAAAGCUGGGAGAAAGCCAUUCGACAGGCACUCAUGCCUGUUACCCCUCAGGGCAGUGUGGCCGCUGCUGCAGGACAAGGAAAAGAUCACAAGGAACUGUCUAUCAGCAUAUCUGUUUCCAACUGCCAGAUUCAGGAGAAUGUGGAUAUAAGCUCAGUUUACCAAAUAUUUGCAGAUGAGGUUUUGGGGUCUGGACAGUUUGGAAUUGUAUAUGGAGGAAAGCACAGAAAGACUGGAAGAGAUGUUGCCAUCAAAGUCAUUGACAAAAUGAGGUUCCCAACUAAACAGGAGAGCCAAUUGAGAAAUGAAGUAGCUAUCCUUCAGAACUUGCACCAUCCUGGCAUCGUGAACCUGGAGUGCAUGUUUGAAACUCCAGAGAGGGUCUUCGUUGUCAUGGAGAAGCUCCAUGGCGACAUGCUGGAGAUGAUUCUUUCCAGUGAGAAAAGCAGGCUGCCGGAACGGAUCACUAAAUUUCUAGUGACGCAGAUUCUCGUAGCUUUGAGGCAUUUGCAUUUCAAAAACAUCGUUCACUGCGAUCUGAAGCCGGAGAACGUGCUGCUGGCCUCUGCUGAGCCUUUCCCUCAAGUGAAGCUGUGUGAUUUUGGCUUUGCCCGUAUCAUUGGGGAGAAGUCGUUCCGGCGCUCCGUGGUGGGGACCCCAGCCUACCUCGCUCCGGAGGUGCUCAGGAGUAAAGGGUACAACAGGUCCCUGGACAUGUGGUCUGUGGGUGUCAUUGUAUACGUGAGCCUGAGUGGCACCUUCCCAUUCAACGAGGAGGAAGAUAUCAACGACCAGAUUCAAAAUGCAGCCUUCAUGUACCCACCAAAUCCCUGGAAAGAGAUUUCUGGUGACGGUAAAGCGACUGACUUAAUAAACAAUCUUCUUCAAGUGAAAAUGAGGAAGCGCUACAGUGUGGACAAGUCUCUCAGUCAUCCCUGGCUACAGGAUUAUCAGACUUGGCUGGAUCUCAGGGAGUUUGAGACUUGGAAAGGAGAGCGUUACAUCACACACGAGAGUGACGACGCACGCUGGGAGGAGUAUGCGGAUGAGCACAGCCUUGCACACCCCAAGCACUUCAUAAUGGCACCCAACCUCGACGACAUGGAGGAGGAUCCCUAAUCACCGAAAUCUGUUCACGGGCUGGUCUAGAGUGCAGGGGCCCUGCCGCUGUACACUCACAAAGCAACCUGGAACUGCUCCACCAGAACCAAGCACACACUGCUUCUGCUGGGUCUGCCUGGCCAGAUUGUUACCUAGCAACCACACAUGUACACUGGGCUGUUCAGGACUGUGUGGCAAGGCCAGGCAUGUCACACAGGUGUGGGUGUUAAUGUGUAACCUGAGGUGGUAUAGCUUCUACUGAGGUUACGUGGACUUCAGGUUUUUAAAGUGAUUUUAAAGUAUUAAUCAGAUAUAAUAAGGCUUUCUUUUCCAGUGCCUCUUAUCUCGCUGCCUUCUACAAGCCAUAAAAUACUUGUUUACUGAACUCAGUGUUAGGCUAGGAAAAUAUUUUCUAUCUGUGCAUAUACCCUGUGGAAACAAAACUUGUACUCAACAGCACAGCCAGAAAAUGGUUAAAGCUUGGACCAGCUUGGACAGUGAGAGCAUGGAUAUUUAUAUUGACCAUCCCAUUCCAUAGAAAAGUCUAGCGUAGUAUAAGCAGAGUGUGAGGAGAAAUAAAAAGUUAUUUUGUGUAUUUAAAACAAAAAAAACACACACGCACACUUUAAGAUGUUCUUGUUUAAGUGUCCAUUCCUUGCCAUACCAAGUCUUUCUGAAAUGAUCUUGGGUCGUUUCUGAAUGAGAGAUGGUUUCUUCUCCAAUUUAAACUGGAACACCUAUGUAAUGUUAUGCUGUUAGUUUGCCUACGUCCUGUAUUGAUUUGAGGUAAGAUUUGAGAUUUUUGCACAUUAUUAAAUAUUUAAUCUUAGUGUAAAGGACCAAAGUGAAAUAUAAAAAAAAAAAAAAAAUCAAAGUGAUUGUUGGUUGGCAUGACGACACAAUUAGAAGUGUCUUUAACCCAUGCAGUAUUUAUUGAGAAACUCACACUGCAGUGGAUUCACUUUACUAAUUUCAGUAAGAGCUCCCUUCUCAUUGGUCAGUCUGAAACUCACACUGCCGUGGAUUCACGUUACUGUAUUCAGUAAGAGCUCCCUUCUCAUUGGUCAGUCUGAAACUCACACUGCAGUGGAUUCACUUUACUAAUUUCAGUAAGGGCUCCCUUCUCAUUGGUCAGUCUGAAACUCACACUGCAGUGGAUUCACGUUACUGUAUUCAGUAAGAGCUCCCUUCUCAUUGGUCAGUCUGAAACUCACACUGCAGUGGAAUGACUUUACUAAUUUCAGUAAGAGUUCCCUUCUCAUUGGUCAGUCUGAAACUCACACUGCAGUGGAAUCACUUUACUAAUUUCAGUAAGAGCUCCCUUCUCAUUGGUCAGUCUGAAACUCACACUGCCGUGGAUUCACGUUACUCUUCAGUAAGAGCUCUCUUCUCAUUGGUCAUUUUGCUCUGACCUAAUUAAGAGAUCCUCACUGGAGCAUGUGAAGGACCAACCUGGAGCACAAUCUGUAUUCCAAUGUGCUGGAAGUUUACUGCAGACCAAACAGUGGAUUAUUCAUCUCAGUAGGUAUAUCCCAUUAUAACCAUACAAAUACUCAGUUGUUUGAUCCCAGUUAUUAUAAAGAAACCAAGAUGUAUCAAAUACAAUACUGUAUUGUGCACGUGUAUAUUUCUUCAGUGUCUCAUUUUGGAAUCUACUGUAUCUUGCGUUUGAUUCCAGUCCAAUGACAGAAUGGUCAUGAAUAGCAUUGUUCCAGAUUUCACUACUUUGCUAAGCAGAUGCAGAGAUUGAUCUACAGAAAGUAAUGCUGUCAGUGGAGUUUAAGUGAGGCUUAAACAUACUUUCUAUUGCAUACAUUACCCUUGUUAUAUAAGAAGACUACUGUGAACAUUCAUUGAACGCUGUGGUCGUUUUACCCUGCAGGGCUCCCAGGGUGUUCCUCUAAUUCAUGGGUGAAAGUUCAUGGCAUUUCCUCUAUAUAUACAAUGAAGUCAUUCUUAACCUAGUAUGUUACCAUGUGUAUCCGUCACAUUAGGCAGUGCACCAGCAUGCUGGAAUCACAAACAUAACCCCUUUCAAACCAGUCAGCCCAUUAUCUGCUUUCAUGCAGUCUUUAAAGGAUGCCACUGGUCUGUGGUUUGUUAUUCAUUCCUAGGAUGUUGAAUAUUAUCAAAGACGACUUUCUGACAAUUUCAAAAUACUUUGGAUUAAAUGUAAUUGGCAGUGCUGAUGAAACUUGCUUUAGAAGCAAUAUGUUCCUGACUUGGGCAAUUCAGUAAAAAAAGUGCUUACAAUCUCUGUGUCUUACAGGAAAAAAAAGGAAAACUACCACAUUAAAUACAUGUGGAAAUGUAUUAUGAAUGCCAAAAUCAAUAAGGAUUUAAUAAUAAUAAUAAUAAUAAUAAUAAUUGACCUCAAUGUCAGAUUAAUAAAAGGUAAUGCUUGUUUCAUGCCUGAAACAUUUAGUGGUUUAAAAAAAGAAAUCCCAAUUACUGCCUAAACCAGAAGAAAGGGUUCUGGUUUGCCUUUCUCAUUUAGAUUCAUUGACCAGAAGAAAUUCACAGACAAAUUCUACUCCAUUCUAAUGCUCGUCUUCUCUGAUACGACCUUUUGCUUCAAAUACAUUUCCAUUAAAAAACAGCAUUGACUGUGAUGAGAACACAGCAUAGCCGCUGUUACAAAGCCUUGCAUCUGCGGUAAAGCCGUACUCUCCUGGUAGAUCGACGCCUGAAUUUGAUGGCACACUUGCUGCAUUCUCAGAUUAUUGCAUGCGUUAACCAUUCACCAAACAAAGUGCCUUAAACUGCACAGGUUCACUUGUAAGGGCUGGUCUCCGUUACAAUGAGCAGAAUACAGGUAGACUACAGAGGCUAAACUGCCUACCAAAGCAAGGAUAAUGAAGUGGACUGGCUUGUGGACAAGUUUCCAAUCACACUGUACUGCCAGUGGAGCUGAACACAUUCUCAUUUGCUUUUCACAAUUUUUUUUUUUUAAGUCUGUAGAUUACAUUGAAUUAAGCUUUGUGAUUGAUUGUUGUAUUACGUGUCGUCUAGUUUAAUGUAUCUGUCCAAUGUUGUUUAAGAUAUCAAAGGCACAGCUAUGUCAAUCUGCACUCCUAAACUGGAAAACAUUACAAGCUGUGUGAUUGCUCAUGGCUAAGCUUUCUCACACUGUGUGUGUUUCACUGCUCAUGGCUAAGCUUUCUCGCACCAUGUUUGAUUGCUCAUGGCUAAGCUUUCUCACACUUUGUUUGACUGCUCAUGGCUAAGCUUUCUCACACUGUGUGUGUUUCACUGCUCAUGGCUAAGCUUUCUCACACUGUGUUUCACUGCUCAUGGCGAAGCUUUCUCGCACUGUGUUUGAUUGCUCAUGGCUAAGCUUUCUCACAGACACGGUUUGUGUUUGGUUUAUGGAUAUAUUUGUUAAUGCUGAUGUGUGGAGCUACCUUUCUUCCUAAGUGCAAUUUUAGCAAAUGCAUAGAUUUAUUUUUUUUUGCCUAUUGAACAAAAACCAUUCUACAUUCUAUCACUUGUUUUUAUUUUAUGCCCCAAUCCUUUAUUGUUAAAUCACUGAAAUAACUGUAAAAGAAACAUGUUCGGGUGGGGGGGGGGCGACUUUCUCUGCAUCCAAGCUGAACUGUCAGUCUUGUACACUUGUGAAUCCCUAACUUUACUGCAUUACAAACAUUGCAAUUGCAUAGACCUCCAAAGCUUUAUUUAAGAGGCAACAAAGAUGGGACAGCACAGUAUGAACCAACACUGAUCCCUUGAUCCCUGCUGUAUUAAGUCCUCUUACCCAAUAAUACAGCCUAUCAAUUAAAACCAGAAGCUGGAGACACGUCCAAACCAGUGAUUAAAAACAAAACCAUUGAUCCACACAGCAUGGCUUAACUGUCAGUGAAAACAGGAUACCAGCAGCCUGCCCUGCCAUCUGUCAACCUGCCCGAGUGUAACCAGCAUAUGAAACGUAUGGUCUUGCACAAUAACUGCAUUUCAUUGGAGAGUUUAGGAAACAUUUAGAACCUAGUAAACAUGGCCCAUGUUAAAAGAUGUUAAGACCAAUAAGUGUAAGAAAUGUUAUCACAAAAGGCCAAAACAAAAUACUGAUUUGAGGCCAAAAAAAAGCCUUGAAAUGUAACACAUGUAACUGCAAGUUGCUAUUGAAAGUGCUGUAUGUUUUUACUUUUUUUAUUUAAUAUUUGUAAGAAGUUUUUAGUUCUGUGAUGAACCAAUGGUAAUGUAGUAAGAGCUAUUUAAUGCAGUAUCAUUGGUCAGCAAAAAGCUACCCAUUUUAGUUUUUUGUAGGAUCUCUGAUGUGAUAGGCAAAACUGGGCUGCCUUUCUGAAAACUGUUAAGAGAAUUGAAUGACUUGUUCCUGAGAAUCUUUUGAACAUCAGAGUUGCCGCUGGAUUGGCAGGUGUUUUGUAUAUUUCAGUACUUGCAGAUUUAAUAAAACUCUAAGCAUCUUUA